UCGAUGGUGCGGCGACGUCAGGUGGCAGGUGGCAGGCUGCGUACUCGACUGAAAACCCGUUUGCCAGUCAAGAGCAAACAAACAGAACGGUUUAUUGGCUUUGGCGGCGCGUCGCCAACUGUAAAAGUGGGCCGACAGCGCCGAAACAAAGUCCGAGUUGAAAUUUCACUUUUCAAAACAGUUGACGAAACGCGGAGCAGCGGCAACAACAGCCACGGACGGGGCAAGCUCAGAGCAGAGAGAUUAAUUCAUUCAUUCAGCAGCAGCAGCGAUUUAGCAGCCUUCUUUAAUUGUUACCUUUAAUUGUGUGUAAUUUCGUAGCUGCAAAGAUGCAAAGAGCAAGCGUGCAAUUGAUUAUGCAACAGUUCUCGCGACAGAUGCGUCGGAUGCCCAGGCCACAGUUGCCACAACAGGCCACACCUGCUGCUUCACAACUGCUACCAACUUUCACUCAACAUCGUGCGACGGCUACGUCAACGGUGAGCAGCAAACAGGCAACGCCGCCGCCGCGUCACGACUGGAAUCGUGCGGUGAGCGAAGCGGAACGCAUUGUUGGCUAUCCCACCUCGUUUCUCAGUCUGCGCUGGCUGCUCAGCGAUGAGAUUGCCAAUGUGGCGCUGCACCUGCGCAAACUGGUGGGCAGUGCGCAUCCCCUAAUGAAGACAGCCAAACAUCUGCUUUACAAUGGCAAGAAUACGAUGCAAGCCUGGGGUCUGAUUGUGUUGCUGGUGUCCAAGGCAGCUGGACAUGCUGCAAGCAUACCCGAUGCGGAGCAGGAUAAAAGUGCUGGAGUCCUACACUCGCAACGCGCACUCGCCGAAGUCACCGAAAUGAUCAGAAUAUCGCAUCUGGUACACAAUAGCGUUGUCAAUUUGCAGUCGAGCACGGAUGCUGGUCAGGAUGUGAAUACCUAUGAUGAUAUGUCAUUUGGCAAUAAAAUUGGCCUGCUUACUGGUGACUAUUUGCUGGGUCAUUCGAGCGCCGAGCUGGCGAAUCUGCGCAACCAGGAGGUCGUCGAGCUAAUCUCAUCGGCUGUGCGCGAUUUCUCCGAAUCGGAAUUCAUUGGGGAACGCGACGAGCAGAACAAUCCGUUGCCGUUUAAGCCCGGCACAUUUCAGAGACCGUCGCUAAGCGUUGGCGUUGACUUCAAUGAGCACGAUGUGAUGACGCCCAUGCCCAUCGCCCAGGUGCUGGGCAAUCCGGAGCAGGAAUGGGAGUGUCGCAACAUUCUCAACGCUGGCAGUCUACUCGGCAAAUCGUGCCAAGCCUCGCUCAAGCUGGCCGGCCAGAGCGAGGAGAUGCAACGGCAUGCGUACCGAUUUGGCAAACAUUUGGCGCUCGCCUGGCAGGCUUGUCUCGAUGCCGAGAGUUUCCAGUGUCCGACGCUGCCGCUGGAUGUCACCUUCAGCUUGGUCAGUGCACCAGUGCUCUUCCAUCUCGAACAUGAUCCCAAUCUGUAUGCGCUGCUCGAGCCGGGCAAGAAAUCGGUGGAGCUCAUUGACUACGAUCGGAUUCACAAGGCUAUCGUGGCGGGCCCGGCGCUGGCCAAGACGAAAGCUUUGCAGACGAAGCACACCGCAGCCGCCUUGAAUGUCCUCCAGCAUUUUCCGGCCACAGAUGCUAGGCAGGCACUAGAGAACAUUAUCCUGGCCAUGCAGGACUUGUGAAAUAGGACACACAAAAAAACACUAAAAUUGGGUUAAGGGUUAUUUAGCAUAGUUGAGAUUUGGUUCUGGAUGGGAUUCCUACUGGAUUAGUUUUUAAAUAUAAUCUGGGAAUUUAUGUGUUCAUGGAAUACUUAUUGUUUGGUAUCAUUUUUGAUAUUUACACAUUUUAUACAGAAACUAUUAAAUCGAACAAUUCUUAUUUAUAAA